UUUAGUGUUAAAGCAGAUGCUAUAUAUAGUAACCACUGUGCUUUGAAGAGUUGAACUCGAUAUAGUAUUUCAAUUUUUAACAGUGCACAAUAAAACUCUAAAGUUCAAGCUACAGUUCAUUGUAUGGGCAGUUAUACUGACGUCUGAAAAGUGUACUCAUCACGUGGACCGUAGUGACACGGGUUUACAUCCACAGUAACUGGUUUACACCAGACUGAACAGACUCUUUCAAAAUUCGUUUCUGAAGUGCAAGAACUGUUACUACACUUACAGCCAGCCAUUAUGUGUGUACGCUACGGAUAUGAGAAGUGGAGGCAACACUGCAUAACGCUCGGUCGGGAAACGAACGAGAUAAGGUGCAGGCAGACUGUGUAACAAGUUUAUGCCGAAGUGAUCAUCACACGCGACCACGUGGCCUGGACGGUAUAUAGGGCAAUGCGAAGAACACGCAGAGCUUUAUCGCGGUUGAGUAGCGGCUCGCGAACGUGUGGUGUAAGAUGCACAAAGUGACAAGAGCUCAGAGAAACGGAUCCGGUCUGGGAGCCCACAUACCCGUGCCAAUAGACGAAGAAGACGCACGGCUGCCCAACACAGCAUGUAUUGGUACACGGCAUAUUGUCACAUUCAUGCUGUUCCUUGGGAUGGCAAAUGCCUAUGUAAUGCGUACCAACAUGUCAGUCGCGAUUGUUGCCAUGGUGAACCACACAGCCUUGCCCAAAGAUAACACUGUUCUGGAUGAUGAGUGUGAUUCAGACAACAGCUCAAAUAGCUGGGUAGCUGAAAUGAGUAAACAUAGCCCAGCGAAAUCAUCAGAUAGAGGCACAUACAUGUGGGAUGCAAAACUGCAAGGUUAUAUCCUUAGCAGUUUCUUCUAUGGUUAUGUGCUAACACAGAUACCAUUUGGCAUUUUGGCAAAGAAAUAUGGAGCCAAAUACUUCUUGGGUGUUGGAAUGCUUAUCAACUCAUUAUUUGGCCUCUUGGUUCCUGUUGGAGCUAGUGGGGGCAUUGCGUGGCUUAUUGUAGUCAGAUUCAUCCAGGGUCUGGGUGAGGGACCAAUUGUACCAUGCACUCAUGCUAUGCUGGCUAAAUGGAUCCCUCCAAAUGAGAGAAGUCGCAUGGGAGCUUUUGUGUAUGCAGGUGCACAGUUUGGAACAGUGGUAUCAUAUCCUCUCAGCGGUCUGCUGGCAGAGUAUGGCUUUUCUGGUGGCUGGCCCUCCAUUUUCUAUGUAUUUGGUGUCAUUGGAGCUGUCUGGUCAGUAGCAUUCCUGUUCAUGGUUGCUGAAGAUCCUGAUUCUUCAAGAAGAAUUGCUGAAGACGAGAAGAAAUAUAUUACUACUUCACUUUGGGGUGCUGCAGGCGUUUCUUCACCAAAAGUUCCUUGGAUGUCGAUUGCCAAGUCACUUCCAUUUUGGGCAAUUCUAAUGGCACACAUGGGGCAGAACUAUGGUUAUGAAACUCUCAUGACAGAGCUACCCUCCUUCAUGAAGCAAGUACUGCACUUCGACCUAAAAGAUAAUGGGCUUCUGUCAGCACUGCCAUACCUUGCCAUGUGGCUGUUCUCUAUGUUUAUAAGUCACGUGGCAGACUGGAUGAUCUCAAGCCAUAGGUUCACACAUGCAGUCACAAGAAAAAUUAUAAAUAGCAUUGGGCAGUUUGGGCCAGCAAUCGCACUGAUUGCAGCUUCAUACACUGGCUGUGAUCCUCCUCUCACAGUUGCACUGCUCACUAUUGGUGUCGGUCUCAAUGGUGGCAUCUACUCAGGGUUCAAGGUGAACCAUUUAGACAUCUCACCACGCUUUGCUGGCAUUCUCAUGAGCUUCACCAACUGUUUGGCCAACUUUGCUGGUCUUCUUGCUCCAAUGGCCGCAGGCUACAUCACAGAUAAACGGCCUACACAAGCUGCCUGGCGAGCUGUAUUCCUGAUUGCGUCAGGUGUCUACAUCGUCUGUGCUGGAUUCUACAUCUUAUUCAGCUCAGGCAAGAGGCAAGCAUGGGACAAUCCUGACAAUGAUGAGGCACAGCACAAUGGCAACAGCAAGUGUGAUGCGGAGAAGGAUGGUAUGAUGCUGCAGGUCACCGACCACUGACCUUGGUGCAGUGGUUGUUGGGCAGUGUGUUACUCUGUGACAAGUGUGUCUUCAUUUGUGGCACUCUUCAUGACUUGGAAACUUCAUGAACGUUGCUUGUUACCUGCUUCAAAACAAUGCACACAGUUUCUAGGAGUCUGUUCAGCUUGUUUCAAAUGAAUGCAAGGGAUCCACAAGCCACACUUAUAUCCUUCUUGGUUCUUUAAUGUCAUUAUAAGUGAUAUUCCAUUUUAUAGUAAUUUUCUGGUUGGCAGGCAUCUGCAAUUCUUAUGCAACUGGCAAAAAUUUACCAUUUCUAUAUAGCUACUUAAAAAAGUUGUGAUGCACAUAUGUUCACCUACCUUGUGGUAGUUCUCCUAGCCACCAAUAGUAGCACUGCCCAUUGUCUUCCUUCAUGAAGGUUCCAUUAUGGUAGAAGCUAAUUCAAUGUGAACUCACACUGCAGUAUAUCCUAAACAUUUUACUCAUCAGUCUUCUGUGUCAUGUAGGAAGACCUCACAGAAAAACAAGAGUGAAAAUGUGUUGUUUUGAUUGUUUAUUCUGGACAGUGUCUAUCUCCUUUGGUAUAUUAAAAUUAUCCUGUGUUUUUGAAGCUGGAUCUACUUCCAUCAUCAUCUCAUUUGCUGGUCUCAGUCACUGCCUCUUUUUGAUGAGUUCAGCUAUGUGGGGUCACUUCCUCUAUGCACAUGAUGAGUGUCUGACAGGUCCAGCUUCUGAAAUACCCUGCAAUUUAAAUAUGCCACUGUCACAAGCUUCUAGGUGAGCAUGUUGUUUCGACUAUAUACUGUAUAUUUCUGCAAGAGUUUUGUACAUGCGCUUGGUGGGAGGAAUUAUGAUGUCAUUAUCUACACUGUACAGUGUAAAAUGGUGGGAUGACUGAAGAAUUGGAAAGGAUUUGGAGGAAAGUAUCAUGAAGGCACUAUCCUUACAUUUGCCUGAGAAAAGCAUAGAGAAACUCAAUAAGCAUGGCAGGUGUCCCAUCCAAGAUUCGAACUGAACACCCCUUCAGUAAGUGUUUAGAAGUGCUACUGUUAUGACAUCUCGGUUGCUGACUGGUUCUUCAGUUACAACCUGAAUUUAUGCAUAUGUUUUAUCAUCUCGUAAUUCCAUACAACCACAUAAGCACAGAAUUCAUUCAGAUCCUAGGAGUCUAUGGAACAAAUAUACGUCUAUGGACAUGGCUUAUGGCAGUGUUUAUAAUCUUUCCCAACAAAAUAUUGUUCAAUGUCUUGCUCUGUACCAAAUCAGGAAAUCACAUAUCAUAAACUGUGUGUGCAUGAAUAUAUGAGUGUAAAUUUGUGUUCAUAUUACUGUUACUGUUUAUGUUUUGUUCAUUCUUACUGUAAUGUUUUCAUAAAUAUGCCUUUUAGUGCACUGAGCAAUUUAACAGUUUAGUAACAUUUUAGGAAUGAGUAAUGAAUGAUAAACAAAGUAUCAAGAUUAAAAAUUAUUCUGCCAAAGCAAA